GGAGGGCCCCGCCGGCCCCGGGCGCCUGGUGUUCCAAGAAGACUCGGAAAGGUGUCGGGUCGCGGCGGCGUGGAGGCCCGUACCUGACCGCACGUACGCCUUUCAGCCAGCGAAAUUACCUCAGCGGCGUUCCAGCUGCCGCUACGGGAAACGCGCUGACUGCGCAGGAAAGGAGAGUCCGACAUGCGACGGAACGGGAUGCCAGCCUGAGGGGAUGCGUGAGGAAAUGCUUCAGAUCUUAGUUCUCUCAGUUUCUUAAAACUCAUCCGCUUUGUGCCAACAUCAGCUCUACGUGCGGAAAGAUAGCUUCGCUUGUGCGGACAGACUUGUGAGAGAAUUGAAAAAUCUGUUGCAUACUGAUGCUGCAAAGGCUGAACAUCAAAGUGAAGUUAAUUGCAGUUGUACCUAGAAGGAUCGCAGAGGGGCAGAUGUUAUUGAGAAAGUGAGACUGUAGGAAAUUCCCAGCUGGACAGUUCUUCUCCCAUCAGGGACCAGUGUUGCUUCACACACCUGUGCGAGUGAUUUGGACCUCCAUAAACAACUCGGGUUAAAUUGAAUAUUUGCGCAACACAGCUUCUUGCAGAAGGACCACCAUACUGUUUUACACUUAGGAAAAUAUGAGAAUAAGCAGGGAGCGUUGUUCUCUCUGAACUAAAAAAAAAAAAAUCUGUGCCUUGCUGAGGACAGCUGCAGGAAUCGGACACUUGAAUCAAUGUUAUCGGAUGAGUUAGAAUCCAAACCUGAGCUGCUGGUUCAGUUUGUUCAGAAUACUUCUAUUCCACUGGGGCAAGGGCUGGUGGAAUCAGAACCAAAAGACAUCACCUGUCUUUCUCUCCUUCCUGUUACUGAGACCUCAGAAUGCAACAGACUCAUGUUGCCAGAUGAUGAAAGAGAUCUCACUCCGCCAAGUCACACUAAUUCUUCCAAAGAUGUUUCUUCAUCUGCUGUCUUGAGAAGUCUCCAGGUAAAUGUGGGCCCUGAUGGAGAGGAAACAAGGGCACAGAAUGUACAGAAACCAUCUGACCUUCUGUCAACUCCAGAGACUUCCAGUUUAUUGCAAGACCUCCAGCCCAGUGACAGCACUUCAUUUAUUCUUCUCAACCUAACACGAGCAGGGCUGGGGUCUCCAGCAGAGCACUUGGUGUUUGUUCAAGAUGAAGCAGAAGAUUCUGGGAAUGACUUUCUCUCUCAUGAUAGCACAGACAGCAGUACCCCAUGGUUCCUACGAGUGCAAGAAUUGGCCCAUGACAGUUUAAUUGCUGCCACUCGGGCACAGCUCGCUAAGAAUGCCAAAGCAAGCAAUAAUGAUCUUGGUGUACUUUUUCUUCCAGGUGAAAAUGUUCAUCUUUGCUCAGGAGAUGGGCAGCCGAAAGACUCUAGCCCCAUUCCUCAUUUAUCUCGUGUGGAAAGGAAGCUGAAAUGCACAGUUGAGGGCUGUGAUCGGACAUUUGUGUGGCCAGCUCACUUCAAGUAUCACCUGAAAACACACCGGAAUGACCGCUCCUUCACCUGCCCAGCAGAAGGCUGUGGAAAAAGUUUCUACGUCCUGCAGAGGCUGAAGGUGCACAUGAGAACUCACAACGGUGAAAAACCCUUUGUGUGCACAGAGCUGGGCUGUGGGAAACAGUUCACGACAGCUGGAAAUCUGAAGAACCACCUACGAAUUCACACUGGGGAAAAACCCUUUCUGUGUGAGGCACAGGGAUGUGGUCGCUCCUUUGCCGAGUACUCCAGCCUUCGGAAACAUUUGGUUGUCCACUCAGGAGUGAAGCCCCAUCAGUGCCAAAUUUGUGGGAAGACGUUUUCCCAGAGUGGUAGCAGAAAUGUGCACAUGAGGAAACACCACUCCCGAAUUGGAACAGCUGGCAGCAGAGAGCGAGAACAGACAGAGUCACUGAUGGGCAGCAGUUUGCUGGAAGAAUCUACAGUGCAUAGUAAGAAUCUCAUCUCCAUGAACUCUCAGCCCAGCCUUGGCGUCGAGUCUCUGCACCUGCCAGACACUGAGUCUAUUAUUGGAGUAGAGGAGGGUGAGACCAGCUGCUCUUUUUUCCGCCCUCUUAUAUGUGGUGACUGAAGUGGGAUCGAUCAUUCCUCCUAGAGGCUCACCAUACUGCAGUGGGAUGAGUGAACGUUGCUUUAACUGUGCACAGAGCGGGUGGGUAGAUGGAGAAUGAAUCAUAAAACUGGAGUUGGAGAAGACCUACUGGACCAAGUUUCUCUCUUGCAGAGCUUAAAAGGUGAAGUCUGCUGCUUAGGUGUCAUUUAGCCCAUGUCAUGAAACGCCAUUUCAAAACUGUUCAUGCAGUCCAUUCUCCUAAAGCCUAAAGUGUUUGUUUUGCUGGAGCACCUAGGAGCCCCAGUUAAGGACCCGGACCUCAUUGUGCUAGGCACUGUAAAAACAUUCGGUAUCUUGACCAACAGGCCUUCCUUCCAUCCUUUACCUUCAGAGACUAUAUUCUAAUACAUCUCACUGUCAGAAGCUGACUUACUAUCUGAAAUAAAUGUACUACUUGAUAUCAUUUAAUUACA